AUGCCUCGGCGAGCCCUCCUAAUCCUCUCUUCCAUAGCUCUAGCAUCCUCAUGUCAGGGAGUCCGCAGCUUGGCUCGAGCGGAAGGGUCUUCAUCCGCAACGGAUUCCGCCGGGCAUACGGACGACGCAGCUGCAGCGCCGGCGGCGGCCGCUACAGCGCUGGCGCCGUACAACAACGCUAAGCAGCGCUACACGCUGAUGGUACCUUCCACCUGGGACGUGAAGGGAAAAGCGGGCGCCGAUGUGUUGUUCGAGGACCCGUCCCGGCGGUCCACCAGUGUGGGGGUCACAGUCAACCCGGUCAAAGUGGCGUCCAUCCAGCAGUUCGGGGAGCUCGGGCAAGUGGGGAAUAAGCUGCUGGAGGCGGAGAGGAAGAAGGAGAGCACCUUGGGGGUGGUGCUGCUGGGCAGCUCGCAGCGAGUGGGUACGAGCGGGGCCACACUGUACGAAUAUGAGUACGAGUUAGACAGUACACGAGGUCGGAAGCGCAUCCUCAACACCGUCACCAUCUUCAACUCUAGGUUGUACAUCCUCAACGCCAGCUACAAGUGUGACAAGGAGGGGUGUGGGGAGGAAGCAGAGCGCCGUGUGGGGUUGUUGAGGGAGGUGGCGGCGACCUUUGAUGUAAUGUGA